AUGUUAUGCUUUGCGGUAGACAAUCGGGACUCCCUGGAUAACAUAGGGACGAAAUGGGCAAAUGAGCUAAUCGAAUAUUGCCCCGGGGUGAAAGUCGUACUGGUUGCCUUGAAGUGUGAUUUGAGGGAGGAUAUUCAAGCAGUGAGAAACAUGCAAAGACUAGGGGAAAGGCCCGUAACGUACGAUGAGGGUUUAGCGGUAGCUCGAAGCAUCCGGGCAUCUAGGUAUCUGGAAUGUUCGGCGAGACAUAAUCGAGGUGUGAGAGAGGCGUUUGAACAAGCCGCACGUGUGAGCAUUCACGCCAAACCAAAAGAAAUUAGAGCUCACAAAAUUCCAGGCCCACCAAAUCCACCAUAUCCGCCACCACCAUAUCCGCCAAUUUCCCCGCCAGGUCAGGCCGAAAACGAACAAGCAUCUUCUACUCUUCAAGAUGGGCACAACUCAAAUCUCGGCACAGAAGAGAUAUCCGAACCCUCGUCGACUCAGCCCGAACGAAGGGAGGCGUACUUUGG